ACUGUGCGGAAGUACUACCCGAAGAAGCUAGCUGAAAGGAAAACGUCCACUAUGGCUGAGACGCACAACUUGCAGGACCUGCAACAUCAAGCAGCCGUCGCCUCCAAAGUGUAUGUCCAGAGGGACUACAACUCGGGUACAAUCUGCAGGUUCCAGACCAAGUUCCCCUCAGAGCUGGAGUCUAGGGUUGACAGGCAACAGUUUGAGGAGACGAUGCAGACGCUCAACAACCUCUAUGCUGAGGCUGAGAAAAUUGGUGGCAAGUCUUACCUGGAGGGCUGCUUGGCCUGCAUGACCGCCUACACUAUCUUCCUCUGUAUGGAGACCCAUUAUGAGAAAGUAUUGAAGAAGAUCGCUAGGUUCAUCAAGGAGCAGAAUGAGAAGAUCUACGCUCCUCUGGGACUGCUGCUUACGGACCCAAUCGAGAGAGGUCUCAGGGUUGUUGAAAUCACCAUCUUUGAGGAUCGAAGCAUUGGCUCUGGAAGAUAAACCACACCAAAGGAUGGCCUAUUUCACCUGGUGCUUCCCAAUUGUCUCACCACACCAUCAAUGAUUCCUUAUGGAUGUAGAUAUAAUUGUUUUUAUUUAUUCCACAUAUGAGAUGGGCAAUGUGCGCUAGUAGCCUAUAUCCCAGAGAGACCAACACUCCCUGUUUUUACAUGUUUAUUGAGAUGAUUCAUUUUAAUGUGAAAAGUCUUAUUCUAGUUAAGCAAGACCACACCUUUAGUAUGAAUGGUGCCAUUUUGUUUUAUAUUGCCAUUUUUAAACCCUUACUUGUAAUUAAAGGUGCACUGUGUAAUAGGUCAAUGCAAAUAGCCCUUAAAUGUAUAUUUCACCCACAGUUUUUAAACCUGUGUUUUAAUAUAUCCUCUCUGCUUCACCAAAACGUACAUAAUUAGUAAAAUGGUUCCUUACCUUGACAGUAGUCUACGGGCCAGGAGAAACUGUAAUCCACCACAAUUCAGAUGUUUACUUUAGCAAAUACAAUGAGAGGGAAUGGGGCAGUGCUAGCAUGUUCCAAACUCAUGGAUUCUCGUUCCUGGAUGUUACAAACGUAAACGAUGUACAGUAACAUAGCACAUUUUCUGAGUUAUGGUUUGUUACUUCAGGUACUUCUAAGUUGUACUUCUCAAAACCAACUAUAAGCUUUUGCUGAAAUGUUGCUGUUCCUUUUGUAUGUAUACUGAACAAAUAUAAAUGCAACAAUUUC